AUGACUGAGGACUUGGACCACAGAUUCAGCAGUCUCACCUGGGAUCAGAUUAAAAUCCUGGACCAAGUCUUAGCUGAGGUCAUACCUAUUCACGGGAGAGGGAAUUUCCCGACGCUGGAUGUCAAGCUGAAGGAUAUCAUUCAGGUGGUGAAGGAGCAGCUCACUGAAAAGCAAAUCCACGUCCGAGAUAUCCGCCUGAACGGUUCCACAGCCAGCCACAUCCUCCUGAAGCAGAACGGAACCACCUACAAGGACCUAGACAUCAUUUUUGGGGUGGAGCUUCCAAGCGAGCUCGAGUUCCAGGUUGUUAAGGAAGCGGUUCUUAAUUGCCUCUUGGACUUCUUGCCAAAAUGUGUUAAUAAGGAAAAAAUCACUGCCCAGACCAUGAAAGAUGCCUACGUGCAGAAGAUGGUCAAGGUCUCCACCGACCACGAUCGCUGGAGUCUCAUCUCCCUGUCCAACAACAGCGGCAAGAACGUGGAGCUGAAGUUUGUCAGCUCGCUGAGGCGUCAGUUUGAGUUCAGCGUGGACUCCUUCCAGAUCAUCCUGGACUCCAUCCUGGGCGUUUACAGGGCGACAGACUGCAGCCUGGCAGAAGACUCUCACCCCACGGUCAUCGCCGAGAGCAUGUAUGGGGACUUCAACGAAGCCAUGGACCACUUGAAAUACAAACUGAUCUCCACCAGGAACCCGGAGGAGAUCAGAGGAGGUGGCCUCCUGAAGUACAGCAAUCUCUUGGUCCGUGACUUUAAGCCAGCAGACGAGGCUGAAAUUAAAUCCCUGGAGCGUUACAUGUGCUCCAGGUUCUUCAUUGAUUUUCCAGAUGUUGCUGAGCAGCAGAGGAAAAUCGAGUCCUACCUGCGCAACCACUUCAUCGGGGAGGAGAAGAGCAAGUAUGACUACCUGAUGACCCUGCGUGGGGUCGUGAACGAGAGCACAGUCUGCCUCAUGGGGCACGAGCGAAGGCAGACGCUGAACAUGAUCACAAUUCUGGCCUUGAAAGUCCUGGGAGAACAAAACAUCAUCCCCAACGCCGCCAACGUCACGUGCUACUAUCAGCCCGCUCCCUAUAUCAGUGACAGGAACUUCAGCAGCUACUACGUUGCUCAUGGACAAGCCCCUGUCAUCUACCAGCCGUACCCAUUUCACAUACAGAUGCAAAGCAGCAUGGUUUAGGACCAGGAAAAACCUCCUCAGCACUUAGACUCCUCUCUCUUUCCAGUUCUUUCCCCAAUAAAGGCCUCACUAAA